AUGGGCCAGAGAGCUGCGCUUCUGCUCAGUGAGCUGCUGCUGCUGCUGACAGCCUCACGCACUCUCCUCGCAGUCAGCUUCCCCGAGGACAUCGUACCCCUCGAUGUCGUUGACGCACACUUUUCACGAAGGUACCCUGUGUUCAGAGGCAGGCCCUCUGGCAACGAGUCACAGCAUCGCCUUGACUUUCAGCUGAUGACCAAGAUACAGGACACUCUGUUCAUCGCUGGCAGAGACCAGGUGUACCUAGUCAGUCUGAGAGAAUCCUACAGGAAUGAGAUCAUUCCUUACCGGAAGCUUACAUGGCGAUCGGGCCAAUCUGACAGAGAGAUGUGUGCCGUCAAGGGAAAACACAGAGACGAGUGCCAUAACUUCAUCAAAGUGCUGGUUCCCAGAAAUGAUGACCUGGUCUUCAUCUGUGGUACCAACGGCUUCAACCCAAUGUGCAGAUACUACAGGCUGGAUAACCUAGAGUUUGAUGGGGAGGAGAUCAAUGGACUGGCACGGUGCCCAUUUGACUCCAAGCAAACCAACGUUGCCCUUUUCGCUGAGGGGAAGCUGUAUUCUGCCACUGUAGCUGACUUUCAGGCCAGUGAUUCGGUCAUCUAUCGCAGUAUGGGUGAUGGAUCAGCCUUGAGGACUAUCAAAUAUGACUCCAAAUGGCUGAAAGAACCUCAUUUCCUGCAUGCAGCAGAGUAUGGGAAUUAUGUGUACUUUUUCUACCGAGAGAUUGCAGUGGAACACAGCAAUCUGGGCAAGGUUGUGUAUUCUCGUGUGGCCCGGAUCUGUAAAAAUGACAUAGGUGGGUCACAACGAGUGCUGGAGAAACACUGGACAUCAUUUGUGAAGGCGAGGCUGAACUGCUCCGUGCCAGGAGAGUCUUUCUUUUACUUUGAUGUACUUCAGUCCAUCACUGACAUCAUUAACAUCAAUGGAAUCCCUUCGGUGGUGGGGGUGUUCACCACACAGAUGAACAGUAUCCCUGGGUCAGCAGUGUGCGCCUUCUCCAUGGCUGACAUAGAGAAAGUAUUUUUGGGUCGGUUCAAAGAGCAGAAGACUCCUGACUCUGUGUGGACUCCAUUUCCAGAGGAGAAGCUGCCCAAACCUCGACCCGGGAGCUGUGCAGGUCAUGGUUCAGCUGCAUCCUUUAAGAGCUCCAUCGAGUUCCCUGACGAGACCCUGCAGUUUAUCAAGUCCCACCCUCUUAUGGACACGGCUGUGCCUUCCAUAGGGGAUGAGCCUUGGUACACCAAGACGCGAGUCAGGUACAGGCUGACAGCACUGGCUGUGGACAAUGAAGCAGGGCCCCACAAGAACUACACAGUGGUGUUCAUCGGGGCCGAGUCAGGCAUUGUCCUCAAGGUUUUGGCCAAGACUUCCUCUAUGUCCCUGAAUGACAGCCUGCUUCUAGAGGAGAUAGACGUCUUCAACAGAGCCAAGUGUUUGUCUAGCCAUGAGGAUGACAAGCGUGUCGUCUCGCUGCACGUGGACAAAGAUGCCCACAGCCUGUAUGUCGCCUUUUCGAGCUGUGUCAUCCGUAUUCCCCUGAGUCGCUGUGAAAGGCAUUCUUCUUGCCACAAGUCAUGCAUCGCAUCAAGGGAUCCUUAUUGCGGCUGGAAGCCUCAUGGAGCCUGUGAGAGGAUAGAGCCUGGUGUUUUAACUGGCUAUGAGCAGGACAUUGAAUUAGGAAACACUGCACACCUGGGGGACUGUCAUGCGUUUUUGGGCACUACAUCAGCGCCAGAUUACAAAUCAUUUGGCGACCCUACCUCUGACAUGGAGUUUUCAUCAACGCCAGUCACUGUCCAGCCCAGUGGGCCCAUACCCCCCCCAGUACUCAUACCCACUCAGAGCCCCAGCUCUGGGCCUGGUCCAGAGCUCUACGGCUCAGGCUUUGUGCAGCAGGAUGACCCAGCCACCUCCCAUUCUUUAGACUCUAUCCCAGGGGGCCAAGAGGGUGUGUGGGAUAUCCAAGCAAGUGAGACCAACCAGAUGGUCCACAUGAACAUCCUCAUCACCUGCGUGUUUGCUGCUUUUCUCAUGGGUGCUCUGCUUGCUGGUCUGAUUGUCUUCUGCUACCGAGACUCAUUCCUCCGUAAGCCAAGACAUGUCCACAAGGAUGCAGAAUCUGCACCAUCCUGCUCAGAUUCUACCGGAAGCUUUGUGAAGCUCAAUGGCCUCUUUGACAGCCCUGUAAAGGAGUACCAGACCAACAUGGACUCUCCCAAGCUGUACACCAAUCUGCUGAGCAAUGGCAAAGACCUGAAUACUCCCAACGGGGACACCAAGACCAUGAUCCUGCGAGAUGGCUGUCAGCCCCCUGAGCUGGCUGCUCUGCCUACACCAGAGUCCACCCCUGUGCUUCAGCAGAAAGGCCUGCAGCCCAUCAAAAACCAAUGGGAGAGGGCUCAUGGGAAGGCCAGUGGUCCGCGAAAGGAGUCCAACUCAUCAGCCAUCAGUCCUCAGUUCCUCCCUUCUUCUCCUGCUCCACCUAAUUCAAACCCUCACCACCCUCACCUUGCCCUAGGACACUCUCAUAUCCCUAGUGCGGUUGUCCUGCCGAAUGCCACACAUGACCACCCUAACCUUGACAACGGAGAUGAUACACUGCCACGUUCAUCUGAAAAGAAGCAGAAAAAUCCAGAUUCUAAAGGAAGUAGGAAAGACCAGAAGAGGUCUGUGGAUGCUAGAAAUACCCUAAAUGACCUUUUAAAACACCUCAAUGACUCUGUGGCCAACCCCAAGGCCAUUCUUCAAGAGGGAUCAGGGCCACGCCCAAGACAACACCUCACACUGGAGCCAAUGGAGGAACUGACUGAAUUACCCCCCAAGGUACCCAGCCGUGAAGCCUCCUUGUACUCUCCUUCAUCCUCCCUGCCGAGGCACAGCCCCACUAAGAGGGUGGAUGUUCCCAUGCCCACCACUCCCACUACACCAACGGGCAGCUUGAGCAUGGGAGACACCCUGGAGAGGCAAAGGGGGGGUUACCAGCUCCAUCGGAGUGCCUCUCACAGGCACUCCUUAUCCACCUCACCAAAUGGGGUAACCAUGGGGGUGUCUGUGUCUCGCCAACACAGUAUGAACAGAGGGGGUUACAUGCCCCCAACACCCCCCUCCAGACUUGACUCUCAUGGCGGAGUGAUGGGGGCAGGAAUGCACUCCGCCCAUCCGUCCUCUGUUUCCCGACAGAGCAGCUACAGUGGGCAUGGCUCGCUCCCUCGCACAGGGCUGAAAAGGACCCCUUCGCUAAAGCCAGAUGUGCCCCCUAAACCCAAUGGGUUUUCACCACAGACUCCACAGAUGCGAGUGGUCAAUAAGUACAGUUAUUAAAAGAGCAUGGACACCUCAAAGUGAGCUCUUGGCCUUGACUGUAGAGCUUUGAGCCCUGAGGGCUUUGGGUGGGGGGUGGGGGGGGUUUCGGAUGGGGUAGGGCCUGGUGUGUGUUUGUGUAUCGACUUGAGGUGUGUUCCCCCUUUAAAUGAUAUGCACAUUCACUCACACUAAAAAGGGAAAAUCACACAUGUGGCCAAAGAUACUCCUUGUGGCUUUUUCGCUCCCUAUGUUUUCAUCUCCCUCCCUAGUCAUGGUAGCCACAGGAUACGAACAGAGGACAGUGGUGAAUCUGCUGCUCCCCAUUGUAUCUGGGCUUGGGUGUCACCUGUUCCCACAUUAGGUACGAGGUUUAUGAUACCAGCAGUGGCCACUAAAACGUCUGUGUGUGAGGUACCAGGUCAAAAACAGUGGAAUACUUGAAGAAUGGGUCUCAUUUGUUACUGCCCUUGAGCACUGUCUUCCCACUAAUGUGAACUGAAACAGAGAGGAGAGGUAGACCAUACGUUUGUUAGUAAGAUGGCUGGGGGCAGAAGAGAGGAAACUCGAUAAUUAUCGGGUGAGUUAAGAUACAUAUGACCAUAAACAGUUAAGAAUACAGAGAUAAAGAGUAUAUGAUUGUGUGCAUGUGUUUGUGUGUUGAGUGAUUGGAGAGCAGGUUUGUGUAAAGGUUUACACCUGUUAAUCAAGAGUCGGGCCACAUGCAGAGGAUGUAUGUUAAGACCUUUCUAAGACCUAUGUCACCGUCUCUCAUUACAACUGUGAUGUUUCUUUGGUCUUUGUUUUGAACCUAUCUGAACCAAGCCUAAACCAUUUUUGAAUCAUUCUGUGGUGUUUCUGGUAAUUAGACUAGGCUGAAGUUAAGUUGGUCAUGCUGGGUGUAAGUCUAUAUUGGGACUUUGCAACUCGCUGGGAAAUUUUCCUUAAUACAUAUGCUGCUAUUGGUUUUGGACAUAGUUUGUCUUUGAUGCAUUUAUUUCUCUACCAGACUUUGACAGUCCUGUUAUAGGUGUGCAGAUCUGCAUGUGUGUGUGUGUGUGUGUGUGUGUGUGUGUGGGCGUGCACGUGUUAUAUUGUGGACAGGGGCCAAGAAUUACAGUUGAAGCAACCAAAUGCACUGUUAAUACUGAUGGUUAAAAAAUUAUUCUCUCCUGGACUGAAACCUCUGCCCCUUUGUAGGAAUUAUACUGGUGGCUGAAGAGACCUCUUUAUGUAGCAAUGGUAUUAAGAAAAACAUACAUUUCUCAUAUCAUAUGAUAAAUUAAUUUUGAAUAAAAUGAUUUGCCUUUAUAAUGUUUUACUAUUUUAUUUAAGGAAUUUACCAUAUGAAACUAAAGCAACACCAAUGGUUUAGCCCAUGUACAUGAAUUCAGCAUUUCAGGGCACCUCUGUUAAAGUUGUGAGUCCCCUAAUAAAAGAACACUAGAAUUUUCCUCCUACAUUAACCCUAUUAAAGGUGUAAACUGACCCUAGAACAAUACAUGGAUGUAACUGCUCUGUCAUCUGUCGUGCUGGUUCUGCAGCCCGUGUUCCCUGUGCAGCUUCCCUGUGCGUGGCCAGUGUACAAUCAACACAACAUUUACCAAUGUGUCCAAAUGAGUCAUGCUGGGAAUGACAAGAUCCUGUAUAUACUUAAAUACUAUAAAUAAGGAGUAUAAAUAUUUUUAGGCAAGUGAACCUGAAUCUGUGCAUUGUGUGCCUUAUUCACAAAAUGAUCUACUACAGUAUAUAUAUUGGCAAUGUCAAUUGGUUCUCUGUAUCUUAUUGUCAUUUACUGUAUAAACAAUUUUUAUAUGAUCAAUUUUAAAUUCUGCAAGAUGUGUUGAAAGAUCACUACCUAAUCUCAACUGAAGUGAUGGGAAAAACAAAUUGACCGAUACACAUUCCACAUGUGAAUGACAGUCGUGCAAAAGCAACAGUCAAAAACACUUUUUCUGGGUAUAAAUUGAUUUUCUCCUUUAUUGCCGGUGUUGAAAAGAAUGGUGUUAAUCCACCACGUAGAGGUGCCAUGCAGUGAAUGUAUUUUCUUGACAGUGGGAUGUAGGGUGGUUAUACCUUGCACUGUGGAGCAGUCGGCUCCACACAGCACAUCCUGCCCACAGUCAAUGUAUUAACACAGUGUUCAAAUGAAAAGCCGUCUUUAGGCAUGGGCUGCGGUUACGCGGAAUAUGUAAUUCCCCAAGAUUGCAGUGACAGAAAAAUUUUUCUCUUGGCCAGUAGGAAUGACUGAGGGAUGAUUUCUCUUAGCAGUGGGUGCAUCAUUUGGGUGACAUCUGCAAUCUUAUCUGAGUGUCAGUUGCCUGUUUAGCCCAAAGCCACAUUUUGUUUACAAGUGAUGAUUGUAUGUAAAGACUUUCUGCCUGUCAUCUAACCAGUGUUUGGGCUCUCUUUUCUACUAGACACAUGCACAUUGACAUACACAAACAUACACUGCUCAACUGCCUUGUACAUUGCAAUAUGAACUGGGUCUUUCUGUUGCAAUCUAAAUUGAAGCCUUUAUAUUUCAGUCUGAGCUCUGUGUAUGUGCAGACGAACCGGAUUUUGUCAUGUAAUUUUGAUUUUAAAUACUGUGCAACAUGGCGAUGCAAGGCCAGCUAUAUAUAUAUGAUCUUCAGAGUAUUUGAGCGUGUAGAUAUGUUGUAAAGUUGUACUGUGAAUGUGUAAAUAAUAAUGAUGGUCUUUGUUUCAUGAUAUUUUUUGUUGAUUUUUUAA